AAUGACGUCACUUCCCAGUCAAACGUGGCUGCCGUGACUGAAAGGAAGGAGUGGCUGUGUGACCUGUCAAGUUGUACAGUUUUUCGUGAAAAUUAAUGACUUUUUCCGUCAGUUGAGCCGUCUUCGUGUGGUUUUUAACAGCUGCGAGUCGUGUCGCGUAUCUGACACUCUAACGAAAUGUCGUCGUCGGGUGAUUUCGGGAACCCGUUGCGGAAAUUCAAGCUGGUCUUUCUUGGCGAACAGAGUGUUGGAAAAACUUCUCUCAUCACACGGUUUAUGUAUGACAGCUUUGACAACACAUACCAGGCUACAAUAGGCAUAGACUUCUUAAGCAAGACCAUGUAUCUUGAAGAUAGAACCGUGAGAUUACAACUGUGGGACACUGCGGGACAGGAACGAUUCCGUUCCUUGAUUCCUAGCUAUAUCAGAGAUUCGACUGUUGCUGUUGUGGUGUAUGACAUUACCAAUGCCAACUCUUUUCAUCAAACAUCAAAAUGGAUCGAUGACGUCCGAACGGAGAGGGGCAGCGAUGUAAUAAUCAUGCUCGUUGGUAACAAGACGGAUUUAAGUGAUAAAAGACAAGUCUCCACUGAAGAAGGUGAACGAAAGGCCAAGGAGCUUAAUGUGAUGUUUAUUGAGACUAGCGCUAAGGCUGGAUAUAAUGUUAAACAGCUGUUUAGAAGGGUAGCUGCGGCUUUACCAGGCAUGGACUCCACUGAGAACAAACCCCCAGAAGACACUGUCGACUUGCAGAAUCAAUCACCGAUGCAGAACGGCGCAGAAUCGGAAGGCGAAAGCGGCUGCAUUUGUUAGGGUGCUACCGAUACACGCCGAUUUGUGACCUGAACGCAAAACACUGUUGUAACAUUGAGAGAGAGGACAAAAAACGAACCAAAGUACCAUCGCACACACCAUUGCGGGAUGCUGGCUUCUUCUGACGUGUAUACCUGUUAUGCCGCAGCCUGUUUUAGGUUGCGUGAUAAGAUAGCAAAGAGAGAGAGAGAGAGAGAGAGAGAGAGAGAGAGAGAGAGAGAGAGAGGAGGAGCAAGAAACAAGAGAGAAAAGAAGAAAAAAGCACCAGGCCUUCGAGACACAAUUUUUAGCGUACCAUUACGUGACGCAUGCUACAAAUAGACUCCAGGCGUCGUUACUCCUCGUCCAUCCCUCCUGCAAGAUUUGAGGGAUGAAAUUGCGUGAGCACGCGACUGCCUAUCGGUAUUAUCGAAUAAUAAUUAUCAACUGAAUUUAUCGUAUGGCGUUAUCGCUGCCUCGUGACUUAUAUUUAUUCGUCAUAACUCUCUGUAACGACAUUGCGGAACGAUAGAGGCUCCUUCCAUCUCCGUAUACAAUGUAAUUUCAUCAGGCCAAUCUGGCACGAUGAAUCUUUAAUAGACGUUAAUUAAAACGCUUACGACGAGCUGCCUACUAGUGUACUUUUUAUACAUAUCUCGAUCUUUAUACUUUAUACUGUCAACCUUUUGUAAAGGUACUUUGAUAUGCGUUUCGAACAUCUACCGUGCGUUCCUUGUAAAUGCGUAUAUUGUACAACAGUGAAAUCUGUUUUUUGUAGACGAAAGUGUUUUCAAGACUUUUUAACUGUAUAUUAGCACAGUAAGGAGGAUGGAGAGAGCGACUCUGUCGUUCCCAGUGAAUUCUGAGUAAUCGUUGCUAUUGGCUGUUGAUAGCGAGCGGAUUUGAUUAUGGACAAACGAUACAGCGAGACCAAUGGCGGCAAUGGUUAUUUAUUUAUUUAUCCUGGCUUUCGAUAAAUUUGCGAAUCGAGUUAAACGAUCCUAAUUAGGUUAUAGGUAUGACAAGCGAAAUUCCUUGUGGGAAAAUGACAGGUUCCGAAUAAGGUAGUGAUAUAAAAUUUUUUUAUUAUCAGACGGAUAAGUCUUUAAUUUACGAUGUUUACACUGUCGCGUCAGUUUCUUAUUAAUAAUGACAGGUCGAACGGGCUACGAUGUUGGAAUUAUUUGUUUGUCACACGCAUCAGGUCAAGUUAGCGUCGCGCGUGAUUGUGUAGUGCUGUCGAUGAUGGGCCAAUUUUUCACCUAAUAGAUUUUCGAAAAACUGAUAAAGUCUAAAUGACGUUGGAGGGAUCGAUCGAAGUCGAGGAGUCGCAGGAGAAUUGUAACUGCUGGUAAACAGCGUUUAUGGUAGUUGCGAUAUACCACAACGACGAUCGAUCGAUCGAUUGUCGCGAAAGCGUUAGUUAAAAGUUCUUUCGAGUGGCGUGUCGGAGCAAACGAAUCUUUUUUUCCCGCAGACUCGACGUGUCGCUGUUUGUGUGAAGGCUUUAAAAAUAAUCCACCGUGCUUACAUAACCUCUCUAAUUAAAGUCUAGCACUGUCUCUACGCUAACCUGUCUCUCUAGUGCCCUAAUGAAUGCAUAGUAGCGUCAAUUCGACAAGUCGUACAGCAAUAUUAAGUAAAGUAAUUGUAAAGGCAUUGUGUAUCGACUGUAGGUUUCUCUUUGCGUUUAUCGGCGGGAAAUUCAAAUCAGUCCACGUGGAGAGGAGGCGUCGGAUGAGCAAACAAUUUUUUGUUUAAAAAAUAUAUUCAAAAUUCAACGUCGUGUAACGAUUGUUGGCCAAUAUAAAAAUUCCACAGUGUUAUGCAUAAUUAUUUUUUUCUGUAUUAUUAUAACUAUAUCUAACAUCUGUCCUCUCCACAGUAAUUGCAUCGAUAUCAAGGUAUACAGUUGACGAAUUUCUAAGAUGCAAGUCAUGAAAAUUAUAACCACCAAAUUUUGAUUAUCAAGUCUCGUUUACACGAAGUAAAUAAUAGAUUGUGCAAGCGUGUGCAUUUGAUGGAAUUAAGAAGGUAAAGGAAAAACUUAGUGUUUUGCGAACGAUGUGCGAGGCUUCUGCGUUAACGUGACUGGCAUGGUGGAAAGCAUCAUUGCUAAAUAUCCUUAUGAUCUGUCAUAAUUGUCGAUAUGGUGUGCGAUGUGAUGAUCGAUUGUUAAUUUGAAGAAAAUUGACAUUGCAUUUAUUAUUUUAACGUAGUGGGAAAAAAAUGAAUUCAUAUUCAAUAAUAGCGAGCGUGGACUAUCGUUUUAGCUUUGAGCUACGUAGCUGUAGCUAAUGCAUAUGCCAAUUGUCAUUGUUAUACUCUAUGGUUAAGAGGUACGUGGAGUCUUUUCAAUUCAUACACUUUUAUUCGUGCCGCAACGAGACGCUAUUGGAGGAAAGUAUGAGGAUUUCUAUAGUGGUUGAAAUAAUGGAGGAAUUAAUCAAAGUGAAGAUACCGAUAUCGUUACGUAUAUAUUUGACUUGUUCUAAAUUAUAGAUACUUUUUGUAUAUUUAUUCAUUUAUGAGGGUCACAUCGUAAAAUUAUAUAACGCGAGCGUUGUUUUAUGAAUUUUGACACUGAAAAGAAAAAAGCUUCAGCGAUAUACGUCGAUAAGAUGAACUUUGAACUUUGACCCAGUUGCGAUCAAUGAGAUACAGUACGGUUAUCCAAUGCUCGGUACUGCAGUUGAAAUUUAGCGUGUUAUAUUGAUUUCUUAUCAGUCUGUCGGAUUGGAAUUUAAUAUCGGUGUCUUUACUGGCGAUACGCGUGAUAAUUAGUCGGGUUGUGAAUGGAAGGAAUUAAAAAUUAAAAUAAUUAACCAUGUAACCAUCCACGAGGAAUGAAAUCUCCAAGUGACAUGUGUCGUUGUCGUAACGAGACAAAUCUUUUGUACUGUUUUAGUAUGCGAUUUCGUUAGUCGAAUGAAUCUCACGAAAUUUUGCAAAAACUUGUCAUAACUGUAUGUGGCGACUAAUAGUUAAAAUAGUGGAGCUUUAAACAAAAACGAAAUGAAUAAAGGUUUGUGUUCACCGAGA